AUGUCAGCACAAACAACUCAUCCAGGCGAAGUGUCACUCGCGAAGCUUCUGGCGACGCUGACAGCCACGCUUCACCCGCAAACCUACGUCUUCGCUGUACUCGCAGAUGAAGCCUCACUUCCGCCAUUUUCUGAGGUGGAGAUGCUCUUCCGCGAAGCCAAGGCGGAAGGUAUCACAGUGAUCACUACCCAAGAGUAUGCAGAGACUCACGGGUUAGAGUACGUUUUCCCAUGUCGCAAGAUCACCCUCGACGUGACUUCAAGUUUGGAUGCUGUUGGCUUCAUUGCUGUCGUUGCGACAAGACUGGCUGCUGCUGGGAUGGGCGUCAAUCCAGUCAGUGGCUUCUACCACGAUCAUCUGUUCGUGCCAUUGGGGCGAGAGAAAGAUGCGCUCAAAGUCAUUGCUGAGUUGGCCGAGGAAAAGAAACAAGAAGCUCAGGUUUGA